UUAAUUUUCUAUCUAGCAACACUCUUAUUACAGCUGCUCUUAAUUAUUUAGUGAUGCACAUUGGUCUGUGGACUGAUGAAGAAACGAUGCCCUUUGUACUAAGUAGACAGUAGUCCCUUCCCUGAGGUGACUAUGGUCAGGUAGAGUAAAGGGGUAGAAAACCAAGAAAGAAAAGAUACUUAGUGGAACUAGAGCAAUGGUUAGUAAAGUUCACUAUGCUUACGUAUGAUUUUGAGAAGAGAAGGUCAACAUUUGUCCAGAGGGAAGACAACUUUCUGGAGAUUAGGUGCAGUGAAACAGACUGAAGAAGCUCUGAAGCAGGGGCUGAAACUAGUAGCCAAACACCAGACCAGGGGUUAAAGAGAAAAAUGAAGGGAGGAUAUAACAUGGUCCACAAAUAUUGGUCCCUCUUGUAAAAUCAGGUGAAUCUGAUCCUGGUUUGGCUUUACCUGCUUUUCAGUUCCUCGGAGCGCAGCUCUGUUCUGUUCCGUAAUAUUAUUCUUGCCUGCCCACCCCAUGGAUCAUCACAAACCAUUAGAAAGGAGGCAUGGAUUUCUCAGGUCUCCUAUUACAACAGUUACCUUGGUUUGAUAAGGGUGCACUGGCCAUUAUGCACAUUUGUACCCAUCCUGGUGUGGAAUUUGUUAAGGAAGGAAGUUUGAGGUGACAGCUGAGGAGGUGCUAAUUUUGUUGUGAUAAUCUGUGUCCUGUUUUCUUGAGCAGUAUUGCAAAACUAAUGAACGUACAAGAUCCUGGGAACGCUGAUACUUCCCUGUGUCUUGUAGUGCACAAGAGCAUCAAACCAUAAUGAGUCACAAUGUGGAAGACCAAGUGUUGCUGCAGUCUCCACUCAUUUAUUGCCAUUUUGCAAACGACGGAGCAGACCCUUGCUACAAGCCAGUGAAAGUGUGGGAACCGCUGAGGAAUAUAUUUGAAGAGUUCCUAGAAAGCUACAGUGAAAUGCAUGCUUCUAUGAACCUAGUCAUAUUUGAGGAUGCCAUGCAGUAUGUGAAAUUUGUACAUGAAGACUGGUGCCAAGAACAUACCCAUAGUAUUUUGCUGACAGAUGCCCAGGUUCCAGAUGAACACUUUCUUGUGCUGAUUAAUGACUUAUUGGCAUCAGAUUGUUCUGUGUUCCUCUGCCACCGGUGCCACGCUGAGAGUGCGAGCUCCGAAGUUCCCAGCCGCAAUGAACUGUGCCACCAUUGACUGUCAGCAGGAGGCUCAUUGAGGAAGCCGAGGGGGUCAAGGUACAAGCCCCUCGGUCUUCUAAGAGAGCAAAUAGAAAUCGUUGAAAGAUCGAUAACUGAAUAAGCUGAAAAGAACAAUGCUCUUUUUACUCCUUCUUGCAUACUUCUUGCCUUCGGGGUUGUUCAAGCUCACCCCUGCUAAAAGCUGAAUUUUUAUGACGUUUCACUGCCUAGUUCCUAGGCAGAGAAGUGAGAAGGGAAGAAGAGAGGUUUGUAAUUUGUAGCACUGCCUUUGCAGAAUCCUUCACUUCUUGGCUUUUUAGGAUCUUAGAGAUACAGAAUUUAUUUAACCCUUUUCAAUACAGUUAAAUGUAUUCACUAGUGAUGUAGCAAUUGAGGCUGAAAUGUUGCAGUAAACAGCCCAGGUUAAAUAAAGAAGAGUUUUCCCUCUGUUCAGCAACUAAGCAGGUGAAGAUUUGCCCUAUAACCACAUGACAAUUUUGAGUUCUGAUGUUUAGGUAAUGUUUCAUUUUUUGUUCCUGAUCAGUCUGGAAAGUGACUUCUUAGGUUUUUCUAGGAAAAAAAAAUCAAUACAUCAGUGAGUUUCAUUUCAGGCUUUCAGGGCGAUGAUUGCCUGGUAUUCUUCUAAGAGUUUUAACAAGUUGCUUCUGCUGUCCCACCUGGUUAGCUCGCACUGUCCUGAGCAGUUUCACUGGCAGCAGGUUUUUGCUGGUGAAGCAAUUCACACAGAUCUAGAAAAUAUUUGCUUUCUUUCAGUGAUUGCGGUUGCAGGGGUUUCAUUCUAGAGGGCUCUUAUAUUCGGGACCAUUUAUUUGUAUAGGAGAUUUGUAAUCAUGAGAGACUGAGGAUUUCAGGAAUGCCCAUGGAAGAACCUUCUCGUUUUCAUCGUGGUAGCAGCAGUCCCCGAGCACACCUCUGUUGAUGCAUUGCUGGCAUUUUUCCUUGUCCUCCAUUCAAAUCCAUACAAAAUACCUGAGUCUUCGGGAAAUGAAGGCGGAAGUCUGCAGGGAUGCCCGGAGCUGCCCCCGGGUUACCCGGCAGCCCCUUCCCCUCCUCGGGGCUGUCGGAGGCUAAGUGGGGGAUGCCCGUCUGAUACCCGCGCUCCGGCGGCGUGCGGAUGCCUCCUACGGGGCUGCGAGGGAAAGAGAUGUUUGCAAGUCCUUGUCACAUUUCUGUUUUCCGUCAGCACCUUCUGCUUUAUUUCAACAGCUCUGAAGAGAUUUAAAGUGUUACUAGGAUAGUUAUUUGUGGUCUGGUGUACUGCAUGCAUGUUUUGCCCUCUUGUUAAUAUGAUGUCAAUUUGCAUGUUGCCAUUUAUUUUAAAGAAACUGCUAGGAUUACUUGGAGAAAAGAGAAUGGCAUCUGUUUCGACUUAAAUACAUAUUUCUUUCAGAUCCUUAACUAAUUAUAUUUUGCUCCCUUGAAAAUACAUCUCCUCAUCAGAAUUUAGGCUUUUAAUAUUGAAACUGUUUUGUGAGUUCAUUAGUGUUAUUAUAAUUAUUUUCUUUUUUUUUUUUUUCCUUUUUUUUUAUAUAUUUAGGAAAGAUUUCACUGAUUCAAGCAACUGCUUGUGAGUCUCUUUCACACUGGUGUUAACUGCUCCUGGUAACUAUCUUUCCUGUUCUGUUCUCAGCAAGUGAAAUAAAUGGCAACUAAUGAAAUAACAUGACAUUUUAUUGACAGUGAGUUAAGGUUUCCUUGUCAUCAACACACCUAAAGCACUACUGGAUGCCUGAGUCAUGCCUGCAUGUGCAGCUGAUGAGAAGAGCAACAGACAAGGCAGCAGAAUGCAAAAAACAUUAGGAUGAAACAGAGGAAGGAUUUGAAAGUGAUGGGAAAAGUGAACCCAGAACAGAGGCAUUGAAAUAACAUAUAAACUGUGACAUUAUGGGGAGACUUAAGCAAGAGAGACAGAAGAGAAGCAAAACUGCACCAGAAAGGUAGGAGAGGUGUACAGCAAAGAGUCUGAGGAGGAGUAAAAGGAAGGUGAAUGGAGAAUGAUCACAGAAAAAAUAGUUACUAAAGGGAAGGGGGACAGGAGAGUUGCAGAGGUGUAUUAGGAUAUCAGAAGAAUGACAGGGGCUGGGUGGAAAAGGACCACCCUGAAGAACAGAGGGAAUGUUAGCUGCAGUCUGUCAUCCCCUCUCCACUGAAGAUUUAUGGAAGGUGGUCUCCUCUCCUUCUCUCAUCUCUAGAGUUAGUGUGUUAAUAUGUCGUUUCAUUUGCUCCCUUUUAGAUAUUUCAGGAAAGCCUUUUGUUUGUUUUUAGUAGAGAAAUCUUGUUAGCCAGGGCUCAUGUAUGUCUAGAACAUACUGUAAUUUUGCUGUCCCUUAUGACGAUCAUUGCAAGGGCUAUUACUCAGUGAUGAUUUUGGCAUAAUUGAUGCUUAGCUCCUAAUUGUCCUUUUUGAGUGUUCCUAAAAAUACAGCGAUCACAGUUGAUAGAUUUUGUGUUCAUCGCUGUAUAACAUUACAGAUUAUUUUGAAUUAGAGUAACUUGAAGUUAAGCUAAUGAUUUUUUUUCUCUUAAAAGUUCAGCACAAAUACAACAUCAUAUCCCUAUUGCUUUAACAAAAACUGGAAACUGUCAUCUGGAUUUAAAUGGUGAGAGAAAAUGAUAAAAAAUUCACAGUGACUGUGGGAGUUGAGAAGGAAGUCUUAGAUUCCUCAUCUUUUUAUCUUCAAACCAAGUCUAGGUACUUUUCUGGAAGAUACAGUUUAUCCAGGGAAGGAGAGGGGCAAAUUGAGCUCAGCAGGGAGAUAGUGAGCUGCAGCAUCAGUAUGUGCUAUGAGGGAUGCUGUGAUCCUCCCUGCUGCCCUGUGUGAACGUAUCCAAACAGAAAAAACAAGUGAUCCUCCCUGGUUGUGGUGCCUGUUGAAAAUAUGUCCCAUGAAGCCCUUUUCACUUAGAAGGAUGUUGGUUAGUGUGUGGGUUAAAGACAAGAGACAGUGAGUUCAGGUAUAACUGGAGGGAAAUUGAGAGUAUCAGAAAUGUAAUCAAUUUGGAUAUUCGAUUUAUUGGCAGAAAAGAAAGGGAAAGAGCCCUCUUCUGUUUCAGUACUCAAAUUGCUAAAUUUACAUUGUAAAAGAGCACAAGAACACUGUGCAGUGGUUCUGAAAUCCAUGUACUGAGCUUAACGAACUUACAAAAGUGCCUUUAAACCUGAUUUGCUAUAAAACAAGACCUAUAGUAUUUUAAAAUAAUGUCUCUGUAUCCAAAUUCAACGUGACAGACAAUCUCCCUUACUUUCAGCUGGUGUCGCAUAUCAGCACUGAGUCCAGAAUAGAAGAAUCAGGAUCAUUUAAUCCAUCCGUUUGUAAACAAUAGGAAUGCACACCUCUGCUAUCUCUUUCAAGUAUUGCGCUAUUGCUGUCUUAUAUGCUGCUUCUCCAGUGCUUGGCACCAAACAGCACACACUAUUAUGCAUACUGAGGAUAAAUUCUUUAUGCUCUUAGUUUAUCAUACUCCAUAGUAUUUUACAACAUGUGGUACAGCAAAGGAGAAGCCUGAAGUAAUUUUUUUUGCUUUCUUCUUUUGCCUCUUAGGCUCCCUGCUUCCCCACACACAUACUUCCCAGUUACCUCUUCCUUCAGACAAACGCUGGCUUGGUUUUAUUCUCAUUUUUUAUAACUGACUGCAGGAUGCCUUCAAGUGCAGUGGCACUGGUCUUUUUUGCUCUUUACUUGGCAUGUUUCAGCUAGCUCAACUUAACUGCAAAGGGCUAAGAUUUAUGAAUUUGGUAAUGACUAAUUUAUAUCCUGAGGAAAGUAAAAGGGCAAAAUUCCUUUUGAACACUAGUCAUAACUUGCACUGGUGUUUUUUUUGGUUGGCUGGUUUUUUGGGCUUGGUUUUGGCUUUGUUUUUUCUGCUUAGAAGUAAGUCAGCCAAGGCCUAGAAUAGAGAGACUGCAUAAGAAUGAAGAGACUUCACCCUUAUAUUUUCUUUCAGAUUGUAUAUAGGCUUAUUGCUCAGUUGUCUUUAGGACUACUGAAUGGUUUUGAUUCGUACCAGCCUGAUCUUUAUUAUUGGCUUUAAGCUACUUUAUGCUUUCUGGUGAACUGCAGUUAAAUCAGAUUUUGUUCCUGUAUCAACUCUUUUUUGUUUGCUUUUUUUUUAAAUAAAGAAGGCUAAAUUAGCAAUAAUAAUUUCCUUUGCCUACAACCCUGAAUGGGCAUAUAUUGAAAAGUACAAUGCAGUAUUAAAAAAGAAAAAAACCUGGAGAUAAAUGAAUGGCAGAAUAAAUAAUUUAUGCUAAUGAAAUUACUGCAAUUAGUAGUUCCACAAUGACCCUUUUAAAAGCCACAGCUGUUAAUGUCAGGAAGUGCUGUCACCGCUGACCUUAUCAUAAGAGAAAGUGACAAAUUGAAAAUGCAGGGAAGACCAGUCCUCAAAGAGGUCUGUUCGGGAACGAUUAGUGUUUUCUGAAAACCAGUGUGAAUUACAACCAGCUGCUCUCUGGCUCGGCAUGUCUCCCAUGCUGUGCCAUUUUGUUAAGCUCGAUAACAAUAGUUAUUUUGCCCCAUUGAGACAAGUUGUCUCGGGCCACUUCCAGCUCUACCGGAACCCACUUCUUCCCUUACUGAUUUGCAAAUGAAACUGUUGUUAGAGGGCUUUUCAGGGCUGCUGAGUAGAGACCUCUCAUAAGGAUCAUGUGUAAGGAGGUUGUAUUUCACUGGGAAGAACUGUACUGCAGGGUGCGUGUGUGUCACAAACAAUGAAAAAGAGAAAAAGGCUGAAACACAUUUCAGCUGGAAGCAAAGCACUGCUCAAAUUUGCAUAAAAUGUCCAUUCCUGCUGACUAGCCUUGCAUUUACAAACAAUUUUAUUUUUAAGAUGGAUUUAUGCUAGCUUUGCCUCAACUAAUGAUGUUCCAAUUUUUUUUACUUGUAAAGCAAUUUAUUUCUGCUUUCCCUGAAUGUAAAUCAUUCUUUAUUUAGUCCUUGUUUUAAUUUCUGUUUUUGUAAUUACAGGUGAAAUAAGUAUUCUUCUAAACUACCUUUUAAAAGUCACAGGAAAAUAAUGAGGUUUCUUACUGAGAAAAACGGCGAGAAUUUCUGCAUCAACCUGAUUGUAAUAUUAAUGAUGUAGACUUAAAACAUUUAACUGCAUCAACAGCCACUCGUGAGCAAUUUUCCCAAAGUUCCCUAAGCAUUAUUGACAAUGCUUUGGUAAAUUAUGUGUGACUUUCCUAAGAGUUGGUGUAGCUCAUUUAAUUCAUAUUAAUUGAUUUUUAGGCUGUCCUUGAUUAAUUGAACUGGGUUCGUCUUGUACAGAAUGCAAUAAAUAAUCAUUAAAAUGAGGGAGAUGUGACUCUACAAAUUAUAAAGUUAAGCCUGCUGGAAGUCAUAGAGGACAAAAUGGAAGUUAGUUACAGUAAUGAUGUUAAAUAGGUUUUCUUAGCAUGUCCCUGUUCUUUUUAGAUACAGUACUCUUGCUUAGACAUGUAUGUGCAUAUAUUCUGGUAAUAUAGGUAGAUAGGGUCCUUCAAAACAACAACAAAAUAAAUUUAUGGAUUUUUUAUUUCAUUUUUAUCCUGAGCAAGUAUAGCAAGUGUAGUAGUAUAUUGUAUUUGCUAGUUCAGUUUUCAAAACAUUUAGAAAAAGGAUAUUUGAGAUUUAGUUCUAGAACUACCUCUCUUCUUGCCGUGAGAGGUGAACUAAGACAGGCAUUUUACCUCUGCAUUUUACUCAGAAAUACAUGACUAAAUAACCAUCUGGAGCUGUUUUAAAUACACCUAGCCUUUUUUUGCUUACCAUAUACUAUAUGAAAAGAGUUUUCCAGUCUCACAGCUGCAUUUUACUCCCUGUGAUGAGAGAGAAGAUGCAGGCAGAGCUGUGUGGCACCCAAUGCAACCCCUGGGGCUACAGGACCCCUCUGGGGUCCCUCCUGCAGCCUGCUGAGAUUUGCUUGGAGGUGGAGGUAGAUUUGUGGUCGGAUGAGUGGGUAGCACGUAGGGAAGAGUGUGAACUGUCACAGCUCAGGGUGACUCCAUGAAGUUGUAACCACUUUUCCGAUCAACUACCCCUUGAAACUGAUAAAAGAUCUCUUCAGCACAGAAGUGUUGCUGAUUUCCUGACAUUUUAUGGUAUGUAGAGAGUCAGCUUUCAGAAGCACUCCAUGGUGGUCUAAUUCUGCCCUCCUACCAGUUCAUGUUAGUUUGUCACCGAAUUUGACAAGCACACAUAAGCAGGGACUUGUACAACUUUAGAAAUCUAAAUCGUGGAGUCCAGUUCUGCUCUAUCUUAAGUUAAUGGCAUAAAUGCACUUCACUUCGAAUAGGAAUUUGAUUAUUUAUGACGUAUAUGGGGAUCUGCGUGAUUAAAGUAAUCACUCUAUUGUAUUUCUUUAACCUACAGAGCAUUUUUCUUAAACAAGUUUUCCAGAGGUGAAAUAAAAAAUCCAUCCAGUAUUAACUCUGCUUAUAGCAGUAUAGUGAAUGAUUUAAUGUCUGGUUUUAGCUGUAAGAAGCAUUUAUUUGAAAAAAAAAAAAAAUGGAAGUGUGUUGAAUCAUUGAGCUUCUAUGCUGAUGAAGGUUUAAUGAAUGCCAGCACAGAACUAAUUAAUUUACAUGCAAAAAAGUUAAGGGAGGCUCACUUUGGUUUAAUGUUUGUUAAAUGUUGACAAAAUUAUAUUAAGAGUAGGCUGAAGAAUAGUUUUCAGAAGGAGCCAUCCUUAGAAACAUGACCUUUUCUGACUUACAUGGGUAUGCUUAAUUUUUGAAACAUUUCUUUGCUCCUCUUUUUCCAUUUGUUCUUGUUCUUUGGAUAUGUUUGGUGUCUUAUCCAGGACUCCAUUUGUGAUUUCACAGCUUAUGCCCAUACCACUGUGAGUAUGCUGAGUGCCAAAUACAAUCAUAGUGAGAGGUGAUACAAUUACACCACUCCAAAGAGUUUUCUGGAGCAAAUCAUUCUUUAUAAGAUCCUCCUAAAGAGAAAAAGCAAUAUUUCAGGACACGUGGAGCACUUGGUGAAUGGCAUGGAGAAGCUGAAGGCAGCAGCUUUCCAGGUAAACUGUGAAAGUCACAACCCUUUUUUUUCAUUUUUUUUAUAUGUAAUCUUGGUUUUGUUGCUAAUAAAACAAAGUUGUCACAGUACCUUUUCAUUAGACUGUUUAGUUGAAUUUUUGUGUUUCAUUGAAAUGACCUAAUUUUGGAAACUGGGGUUUGUGGUUUUUUGUCAUAUAGAAGCUCUUUGAGCUCUUUAGGUGUCUUUGGAAAGGGGGCUCCUUCCAUUCGAGCAAGGACAAAGUCUGGAGACAAGCAAGUACCACAGUAAGGGCCAGAUGAUAGUACAGAGAAGAUGCAGUUCUGUCCAUGGGGAUUUUCGUGUGUAAUCAAUGACCAGCUGAGGGGUAAUGGAGGCAGCAGAAACAAGUAUGGCAUCUUUGCAUCACCUGUGGUCACCUCCUUGUGGGAGUAGUUCCCAUUCAGCACUUCUGUCAACACUUCAUUUGUGGCUAGUCACUCCACAAUUACAGAAGGGAGGGGAAGCUGCUUUUGGAAGCCUUUCUCCCUGCCACGUGGUCUGUAAUCCCUUUUAUGGAUGCCGAAGACAAGCUAUAAUCCAGCAAUUUCUUUAUAGAAACUGUGUGUCUUAUAUGGAAACUGCAAAUGAAAUCCUCAGCCCCAGACUAUGCAUAAUGUUGCACCUGCAUGCUACUACCUGAGAUUAAUAAUGGGAUCUGGCUGGCUUACUCCCACUUUUCAAGCUGAAUACCUGUGAAAAUAAAUUGUCAACAGCAAAGGGUGACUGCUUUUUUUGAAGUUUUUGAUAAGGUAUCCAACACUAGUAAAUUAUUAAAAUGGUCUUUUUCUCAGAUUCUAUUUUGAUGAUGGCCAAAAGGUAAUUCGACAAUUUGAAGUGCCACAUGCGGUGAAGCAUAUGGAGCUGCAGCUCCUGCCUAGCCAGGUUCUUGAACACUGAGCCAUUUUUAUCAUGCACGCCAGAGCUCUAUACAAGAAUAUCAAACAUAGCACCAUUUAGGUUUGUUGGUUUUUUUACAUUUUGAUUUGAGAUCUUUAGAGAGCAGUGUAGGGGAAAGGGACCUGGGGGUCCUGGUGGACAGCAGGAUGACCAUGAGCCAGCACUGUACCCUUGUGGCCAAGAAGGCCAAUGACAUCCUGGGGUGUAUUAGAAGGGGGGUGGUCAGUAGGUCAAGAGAGGUUCUCCUUCCCCUCUACUCUGCCCUGGUGAGACCACAUCUGGAAUAUUGUGUCCAGUUCUGGGCCCCUCAGUUCAAGAAGGACAGGGAACUGCUGGAGAGAGUCCAGCGCAGGGCAACAAAGAUAAUUAAGGGAGUAGAUCAUGUCCCUUAUGAGGAAAGGCUGAGGAAGCUGGGUCUUUUUAGCUUGGAGGAGACUGAGGGGUGACCUUAUUAAUGUUUAUAAAGGGUGAGUGUCAUGAGGAUGGAGUCAGGCUCUUCUCAGUGACAACCAGUGGUAAGACAAGGGGUAAUGGGUUCAAACUGGAACACAAGAGGUUCCACUUAAAUUUGAGAAGAAACUUCUUCUCAGUUAGGGUGACAGAGCACUGAUUCAGGCUGCCCAGGGAGGUUGUGGAGUCUCCUACUCUGGAGACAUUCAAAACCCACCUGGACGCAUUCCUGUGUAGCCUCAUCUAGGCGUUUUUGCUCCAGCACGGGGAUUGGACUAGAUGAUCUUUUGAGGUCCCUUCCAAUCCCUGACAUUUGGUGAUCUGUUAUAACUCAUUAUUAUAGCAUUGGCUUCUCUCUUCAAAUUGGUCAAAUCUUGAAAAGCUAGAUUUUGUAGGUUUUGUAAGAUUUCAGGAGCUGACCAUAGACAAGCUCUCAAGAUCUCCCAUGCAAUAAAAGUUAAGCCUGCUAAUAUUUGUUUUCUUCUUUGUCUUAUCACCUCUAUCCAGAUGAGGUUAAGAAGAGUCCCCUCUGGUCUGUCUGAGUAGCUGCCAGAUAAAAUACUUGGAGCGAUAGGGGCAAAAGAACAAAACAAACAGAUAUUCAAAACAUUUACUUUCUAUGUGGGAAGGUAUUGUCACUGGAUAUUUUGAUAUGGGUUUCUUGCCUGGCAGGCAAUAAAUUGCUCUUUCAGCAAACUAGCAGUUAGUCUUUAUUAAUCAAUCUCUGAGUCUGUCUUAACCUUUCAGAAAACCUCUGCUGGAAUUAUGUGUUCAGAGUGAUUACUCAGCAUUUUCCAUAAUGUCCUUUUGCUUUUAUGUUUGCAUCUUUGCUAAGUGCUGCAACAGGGCCCUGCUGCAAGCUGAGACACCUGGUUACAAACACGGCCUCAGCAGGUGGGCAAACAUCUGGCUGUCUCAAGGGGGCUGUGGGGCCCCUGGUGGGAACAGGUAGAAGAUCUAAAAUCCAAACUUGCUUCUCAAGAGGCAGAACUGCAACUGAAAUAUCAAGAUGCUGAACCUUUGAUUGCUAAGAUCGGGUUUCAGACUGAGAAAGUGAGCCAAGAAAAGGCCAUUGCAGAUGCAGAGGAGCAAAAGGUUCUGGAUAGCAAUCUGUGUAAGCUCACAGCUUCACUUGAGAAAGUGGUUGCAGAGAAAGUCCAACGUCAGGAUUAUGUAAACCGAACAAACAAAACUAUUGAGCUGACCAACAGGCUGGUCAGAAGACUUGAGUCUGAAAACAUGCAUUGGAGACGGUCCAUUGAACACCUGAAAGCAAAAAAGAAAACUUUAUGUGGUGAUGUCUUAUUAACAGCAGCAUUUGUGUCUUACUUUGCACCCUUCACAAAACAGUAUUGCCAGGAACUGAUGAAACAUGUCUGGAUUCCUUUUCUAAAGGUUCUUAUUGCUGUGAUGGAGGGCCUGGACCCAAUUGUCACGUUGACGGAUGAUGCUGUGAUUGCAACAUGGAGUAACGAGGGACAGCGUGAUAGGAUGUCAACAGAAAAUGCCACUGUUCUGACAAACUGCAGGCGGUGGCCUCUGACGAUAGAUCCCCAGCAACAGGGAAUUAAAUGGAUAAAGAAUAAAUAUGGAGCUGACCUUAAAGUCAUACAUCCAGGACGGAAAGGUUUUCUGAAGACCAUUGAAAGAGCUUUGGCUUGUGGAGGGACUGUACUGACAGAAUACAUGAGUGAAACUAUUGAUCUUAUACGUGAUCUUCUGUGUGGAAGACAUACAGUUAAAAAGGGAAAGUAUAUCAAGACUGAAGACAAAGAAGGUGAAUUCAACAAGAAUUUCUGUCUUAUCCUUCACACUAAGCUGGCUAACCCUCACUACAAGCCGGAGCUGCAGGCUCAGACCACCGUCAUUAAUUUCACUGUCACCAGGGAUGGGCUGGAAGACCAGCUGUUGGCUGAGGUUGUUAGUGCUGAAAGGCUGGACUUAGAAAAAUGUAAGUCAGUCCUGGCCAAGCAGCAGAACUGUUUCAAGACCGAGCUUGGGCAGCUGGAGGAUGACAUGCUGAGCAGCUUGUCAGCUGCCCAGGGCAGUUUCUUAGACAACAGUGAACUUGUAGAAAAACUCAAAACAACAAAGUCAACUGCAGCAGAAAUACAGCACAAGAUAGCUGAAGCCAAGGAAAAUGAAGCUCAGACUAACAUGACAAGAGACCAUUACAGACCGACAGCCACAAGAGCAUCUGUUCUUUACUUCUUUAUUAACAGUCUGGACAGCAUCAACCCCAUCGACCACUUUUCACUGAAGCAGUGGCACAGGGAUGGAUAAUGAAGAACAGAAAACUGUAUGGCAGCUGAAAAAUAAGCUCUAUCACAAUUACAGAAUAGACAGAAACUGGAGUAAAAGAUUCUUCUAAGAAGUAAAGAGAUAGAGCUCCAUGAAUUGGAUUUCGUUUUUCAAUUCGGAGUUGAACACGCUUACAAGACUCCUGUUGACUUCUUGACUAUGCAGUCAUGGAGUGCCAUUAAAGCUAUGUCAGUGAUGGAUGUGUUCAAGGGGUUAGACAAGGAUAUUGAAAGAUCCAUCAAAAGAUGGAAGAGGUGGGUGAACUCAGAAUGUCCAGAAAAAGAAAAGCUCUCCCAGGACUGGACAAACAAAAACUCUUUUCAGAAACUAAUCAUACUGAGGGUGCUCCGCCUGGAUAGAACGACGUACAAUCUGAGGCAUGAAAUCUGAGUGUUGUCUGUGACAAAUGAAGAGAUGGGCUAAACUCAGUGUUGUCUGCUGGCUGAAAUGAAUUCACCACGGGAUUAGUGAGAGGCAUCGAUGUGCAUCAGCACUGCAGAAACACGCACAGACUGACCCCUUCAUCGACAGUGAAACUGGGAGAAUUCUUUAACCAGAUUUCUUACAAGACCCCCUUGAACUGUGUACCAGAGAAGGGGAAUUUAGAAGCGUCCUUUUUGUCUCUGUGUUAUUUUCACACUUGCGCUGCUAGGAGACUGAAGUUUGACCCUCAGGGCUGGAACGGAAGGUCUUGGUUCAGUGCUGGAGAUCUUACCAUCUGCAUCUGUGUGCUCUGCAACUAUUUGCAGAGCCGUACAAAGCAAUGCAUUCUGUGCCCCUGGGUAGGUCCCACGGGAAGACCUGCAUUCCCUCUUUGGUGAGAUCAUGUACGGUGGCCGCAUCACCAAUGCCAAGGACAGCAGGCUCUGCUGUGUACAUCUGCAAUAAUUCAUCAGCCUACCUAAGUUUGAAGGGAAACUGGCUUUGGCACCACCAAAUCUGGAUUAUGCUGGAUACCAUAAAUACACAGAUGAAAUGCUUCCAUCUGAAAGCCCAGUACUAUAUGGACUGCAUCACAAUGCUGAGGUGGGAUACUUGACAGCAGCGUCAGAUAAUCUCUUCAAAACUCUUUUGGAAAUGCUGCCCAUGAAUUCAUCUGUAGGAGAGGGAUCAGGCCAGUCUGCAGAAGAAAACGUGAAGUUCUUCAUCUGGUGCGUUGUUGGUGCUGUUAAUGACAUGUGUAGCACACAUUUUACUGUGUUAUUUCAGCAUUUCUAGGGAAAAAAAGAAGUGCUUCCAAUUAGCAAAGAUCAGCCGAGUGUUAAUAGUAGUGAUAAUGCACCAGCCUGUGCAAUGUACUGCACUAGGGAGGAAUCUGGACCAGAGGAACACUUAACCUGUUGUGCAGACUGUUUCUUUUUCAGUUUGAACUCAAUAUGGCGUGGGAAACAAGAGAUUACUUUAUCUUGCUGUUUUCUUUAUAAGCAAGUUUCAGCCCACAGUCCUGUCUUCUUUCUGCCACAUUUAGAGCACAGCCCAGCAGUGAUAUGUUGAGUCUCCACGCCAGGAAGAGCAGCCCAAGCACGGUGCUCUCCCACCGCUUCCCUUCCUUGGCCCUGGAUCUGAGCAGGAGCCACGUGGCUUCUCCAACAGACUUCCCAUGCAAGCAGCAGCUGCAGAGGAGGCUUUCAGGGAGUUUUAGUUUUCUGGUAGUCCAAAAAGGUGAAAUCUGGGCAAGGAGGCUCUCUGACCAUCUCUUAGCCCCAAAUCUGGAGUUCAGCAGAACAAUAAUACCUAUAAGCUAUCCAAUGCUGAGUGGAAGGGACCAACCCUAAUACAAAGAUAAGCUUGUCAUUUCAUAUGGAAUUAACUGGGGUACUGUUGUUCUGUUCACAGUCAAAAUAUCUCAGCCAGAUUCUUAGUAGAGCCAAACUGAUUCCAGAAAUAUGUAAAAGGCUGAGUUUUCAGCAUGGAACAGCACUGGUGCUGUGCUUAAUAGCUAAAAUGAAUAAAGGAUGAGCAGGAAAGGAAAAUGUAAUCAGAAAUCUUAGCUAGCUCUGUUAUCAGAUCCUGCUUGCUGCCUUCUACACUUUCCUUUCCGAAUGUAGGCCUGAGUAACCAUGUCCAGAUCCCCCCAAAACUGCCAUAUUAAGAGGCUGAGGCUUUAGCUCCUUAUCCUUACCAGAGUUAAUUAAAUUCCCUUGCAACUGCCACUCCCGCUCUGCAACUCUCCAUGCCUUUCUUUACUCCUUUCCUCUGGGCACUCGUUUUUUUUUUUUCCCUUAUCUCCAUCAGAUCAUGGGAGUUUUACGGAAGGGAAUAUGACAGCACUGCACACAAGUAGCCAAACAACGCUUUAUGUCACAGGGCGAGCUUGUGCUUUUCACGUUUAGUUCCUGUGCACUUUGGGUUACUGAUCUUCUCAUCCAACACGAAGACCCUGAGAUCUGGACAGAAGGUCUUGUGCUGAAGUGGUGUGGCUUUCUGGCUUGUUCAAUCCUCACUCCCUUCUAGCAGAUUCCCAGAUGUGGAACAUACUAGGAGGCACAAGAUUUACUUUUCAUAUUGUCACACCUGCCAAUUUCUGCAUGAAAUAAUCCAGACGUAAUGCAACAGAAGUGCUGCAUGGACACCCACCAUGAAGGCAUCUACUGAAUCUGACAGGAUAAACAAGCUGUAUGUAGGAAGUAAGUCUGCUUGCUGCCGUAUUCUUUAGUUAAUUCCUUCAAAAGAAGUGAAAGGCACAUCACAAGGAGACAGGCUGGAAGUCAAACACCAAGCAGAAGAGAUAACUAGAAUACUCCUGAUGCCCUGUAGCAGGCUUACAUAUAUAUUCAAAGGAUGUUUAAGUUUCUAUAGCAUUUAACUAGAGCUAGCAAGGCUUUUAAAGACUCUAGAAUUUGGGUUCACCUUUACACCUUACAAGCAGCACACCAGCAUUUCUAUAUGGGUUUCCCAAAGACACGGCCCUGGAAUUUCUCCUCAAAUUUCUUCAUCUUAUAAUACAUGUGGAAAAACAUCACUCUACAGAGAACCCAGAGGGAUUGACAGUUUUCUGCAUCUAGCCAAGAAAAGCCAGUUGAAAUAACUACACUAUUAUCCCAGGUUCAUGUUGAACUGGUUGAAUUUCAUCAACAUAGCUCUACUGGGAAGGGUGGAUUUUAAAAGAAAAGCCUGCCAAGAAUUAAUUGGAAUUAAUUGGGAAUUAAUUGGAAAAUUAGCAGGAUCUAAACACAAAGCAACUACUCUUCUGUAUUCCCAUAUACACAGACACUUGUCUAGCAUCUCAAAAGCAUUUUUGGAGCAAAAAUGAUAAAGUAGCAUCUUACCUUGG